UAUAAGUAGCGCAGCUUUCGUUAACGUACUUUACGCUGUAUUCUGGUCGGUUAUCUCGCUGUCAUGUCUGGACGUGGCAAGCAAGGCGGUAAGACUCGCGCCAAAGCCAAGACCCGUUCCUCCCGAGCGGGGCUCCAGUUCCCCGUAGGCCGAGUGCACCGUCUGCUCCGCAAAGGCAACUAUGCCGAGCGGGUCGGGGCCGGCGCGCCAGUGUACCUGGCGGCGGUGCUGGAAUAUCUGACCGCCGAGAUCUUGGAACUGGCGGGCAACGCGGCUCGCGAUAACAAAAAGACACGCAUCAUCCCGCGCCAUCUGCAGUUGGCCGUCCGUAACGACGAGGAGCUCAACAAGCUGCUGGGCAAAGUUACCAUCGCUCAGGGCGGUGUCCUGCCCAACAUCCAGGCGGUGCUGCUGCCCAAGAAGACCGAGAGUCACCAUAAAGCUAAGAGCAAGUAGAGCUUAAGUAUGAAGAGCGAAGCAAAAUCAAAGCGCUUUUGAAGUCACUGUUUUGGAGUAGCAAGAGGAUAUGAAAAUGUUGGCUAAUCCUAUUAAUGUAACAAAGUUUUAGUGUCAGAUUUUUUCCAGAGUUGUGAAUUCCAGCUUGUAAAGAGAUUUACUUGCUUGUGAGUACAGUUUAUACUUAAUAAAACCAUAAGAACAAAUUUGGGUAUCCCUGUGAUCCUUGAGGCUAUAUUAAGAGUCCUGAAUUCUAACUCAACUCAAUCUUAACUGAGCAUCCAUCUAGGAGGGUGUCAGGCACCCUCCUAGAUGGAAAUACAGUAUUAAUCCAGAUAGGUAAAGUUUAUAACUAAAAGUUUCAAGUUAGCCUCAGCGAGUAAUUUUAUGCUGGAUUGUCUAAAUAAAUGACGGUGAAGUAAAGAUGGUGUGGGAUUACAUUAGGAAGAACAUGUCACUUAAAGACAUGAAUAGUGGACCUUGUAGAUCAAGAUCUUUACCUUUAUCAGUCAUAUAAUCUUGUUCCUGUCAACUUUUACUGCUCCCUUUUCACUGUAAUUCAUUCCCUCAGAUCACCAAGUCACUUUAGCUAGAGAGGGCCUUCUAUUCACAUAAUGUGUAUAUCUUUAACUAAUACUUGGUUUUACUCAUGAAGACAUGUUAAUUAAAAUGAAU